CGCUCAGGGGAUUGAGCACACACUAGGCUACCAUGCGCGACGACAACGUGAUUAGAGGUGUGAGAAAAUCUAAACACGACCUCAACCACUAGACGCAUUUCUAAGAAGUAUGACCAUUUCUGAAAUAUAAGUAUUUCGUUUGACCUUUUAUGUGGAACCAUGUUUUACUUAUUAAUAAGUGAACUUUGACUAUCCUCUAAUCGAGCGCAAGAAUGGGUCGUUCGUUUACCUGCCUUCAUUUCGAGUAUUGGUCGGAAACGUGAGUAUCUUCAACAAUUAAAAGAGUAAUUUCACACGGAAAUAUGUAAAUUACACUAAGGAAUAUAAAAUGUUGAAGGGAUGCAUUAGCCGUCGAAAUGCUGCGAUUUUAUUUCACCUAUUUGCCGUGUGUUUUUGGUGGGAGAUGUCAUACGCUCAACAGGUGUACAACCUUAGUCUAUCAAUUGAAGAGGGACUACCAGCAAGGACUAUUGUGGGGGAUAUACGAGCGGGGUUACAGACUCCAAGCAGUGGAUUUUUCAUCUCUGAAAGCAGAGAUUCAUACGUUUUUAAAGACUUGGAAAUAGAUGCAGGCACUGGAAUAAUUUCCACAGCUGUGGUACUGGACAGAGAGAUCAGAGACAAGUAUGAAUUUGUGGCAGCCACUCUCACAGGCGAGGUGAUAAAGAUACAAAUAGUGGUUAAAGAUGUGAAUGACCAUUCCCCUGUAUUCUCUGCUGAAAAGGUAGAGUUGACUGUGUCAGAAUUAAGUCCUCCAGGAACUCGCUUUGAACUUGAGGGGGCUAAAGACCAGGAUGAGGGUCAGUUUGGAACUCAGGGUUACCGUAUCACUGAAAGUGAGAUGACUGAGCUUUUUAAGGUAGAGUGUCGUAAUGGGGAUACAAAUUUAUUCAAUCUGGACCUCAUCCUCACCAAUAGGUUGGACAGAGAAAAAAUAGAUUUUUAUUCCCUUACUAUUGAGGCAUUUGAUGGGGGUAUCCCACCUAAAACAGGUAGGCUUAAGGUUAAGAUCAACGUCUCAGAUGAAAAUGACAACGCACCUGUGUUCAAUCAGACUGAAUACCAGGCUUUAGUGUGGGAAGAUGCUCCGGUUAUGUCCUCUGUGUGCCAGGUCUACGCUACAGAUCUAGAUCUUGGAGACAAUGGGCUCAUCACCUAUGAGAUUAUUCGACGCCAGAGUGACCCUAAUGAAUUCUUCAUCAUCAACAAGACCUCAGGUGUUAUCCAUGUUAACAAAACCCUAGACUUUGAGACCCAGCCAUUUUAUGAGUUGAUCGUCAGGGCAAGAGAUAAUGGUGCCCAGCCGGAGUAUAGCAGCACCUUUGUUGCCGUUAGGGUGUUAGACAUUAAUGACAACGUCCCCAGUAUCAAUGUAAUGUUUCUGAGUGAGACAGGGGAGCCAGAGGUUUCAGAAAUGGCUGGAAUCGGGGAGUAUGUCGCCAGGAUUUCUGUCUCUGACCCCGACCUGGGAGAGGUUGGUAGAAUAAGGGUCACUCUUGAAGGCGGCGAUGGGAAGUUCACCCUGAAACAGACCGACGACUUCCUGUACGCCUUGUGCGUGGACGGCAAACUAGACAGGGAGAAAGAGGGGUUUUACGAGUUAUGGGUGGUGGCUUCGGACUUCGGUAGCCCCCCAUUGAAGAGCGAAACGACCUUGUUGGUGAAGGUCACCGACGCCAACGACUGCAGACCGGUGUUUGACCAGGAUGAGUACACGGUGACGGUAUCUGAAGAUAUACCUGAGGGAAGUUCUCUUCUCAGCGUCCAGGCCAGAGAUUUGGACAGCGGGGUCAACGCCGCCAUCCUCUAUUCGGUCUUACCGUCAGACCAGGACCACCUGGUUAACGUCGACCCGGGAACAGGCCUCAUCACCACGGCAGCCAUAUUGGACUGUGAGAGAGAGACGGAGCUGUGGUUUCUGGUGGUUGCUGUCGAUGGUGGGUCUCCGGCCCUUUCCUCCACAGCCACAGUCAUCGUGAAGGUUGAGGACGUCAAUGACAACAAGCCUGUGUUCAAGCAGCAGCUGUAUAAUGUGUCCAUCCCAGAACACACCCAGAUCGGGAACUGUUUUUUACAGGUUGUGGCUACAGAUGCGGACAGCAGUGAUUUCGGAACAGUGCGCUAUUAUAUCUCUGAUGGCUUUGAUAUGCAGGAUACGCACCCUCUCUUCCAAAUCAACCCAAACUCUGGAGAGCUCUGUGUAUCACAGGAUAUCGACAGAGAUUCAGGCCUGGCUACCUAUGACUUAUUAGUGAAAGCUGAGGAUCAGGGAGGCUUAAGUGCCCAAACGUACAUCCAUAUCGAGGUGGAGGACCUGAACGACAACCCGCCAGUGUUCAACCCAGAGAAAUAUGUAACCAGCAUCAGCAGCCAUGCCCAGCCUGGCACAGAAGUCCUCAACGUCAUUGCCACGGACAGGGACUCUGGAGACUAUGGUCACAUAACGUAUCACAUCCUGCCUGGCGACCUGUCCACCCUGUUCUCUGUGGAAAAAAACACAGGCAUGGUCUUCCUCACAUCUACUCUAACACACCUGGGCACUGCCAUUGUGAAGCUGUCCAUCACCGCCCAGGACAGUGAAGGUCUGAUGUCAGCCCAACCAGCACAAGUCACAGUGAAUGUCCUGCAGAUUGCCCAGGUCCCACCAGUCUUCCAAAGUUCCCGCUAUGCCUUUAACGUGCCUGAGGAUGCCUUGCCCGGCACUGUAGUUGGCGCUGUGGUGGCCCUCAACCCUACUAACUCUGUGGACCCGGUAUCUUACAGGAUUUCGUCAGGGGACCCCCAGGGUCUGUUCUCUGUCCAGUCAAGUUCGGGCUUGAUCAGUACCAGGCGCUCGCUGGACCACGAGUCCCAGCCCUACGUCCUCCUGGUGCUCCAGUCCCACUCGGGGACAGGUUUGCCUGUUUACAGCAGCACCCAGGUCAACAUUACCAUCGCCGACAUCAACGACAAUCCUCCCUCCUUCCCAAAAAUGUCUGACUGCAUCGCUGUGGCCCAGAAUACGCCCCCGGGGACGGUGCUGUACAUUUCCCAUGCUCACGACAUUGACAGUGGUGCAAAUGGUAGGGUUAGGUAUUUCACUUCAAGGGGUAGUGCUGGAGGGAGUUUGCCAUUUUAUGUUGACCCUGACCUCGGUACGGUGUUUUUGAACCGUAGCCUCUAUCGGGACCCUCGACCGAGGUACGUUUUUAAAAUAUUAGCAAAGGACCAAGGUGAGCCCUCGCUCACUGCUACACUGAUGCUUACGGUCAACGUUGAGAGCAGCGCCAACGUGGACACACUGGCCUUCGAGACGCUAGUCUACCAGGUGGAGAUGGGUGAAGGCACACAAAUAGACACACGCGUCAUCCAGGUGAGGGCCCACCGAAGCUGGGGAAGCAGCAGCCACCACCAGGGUUCCAACCCCAAUCAGGGCCUCUUUUACUCCCUGGAGCAUGAACCAGGCUUUCCUCCUACACCCCUCCGAAUCAACCCAGAGAGCGGUUGGCUCUUUCUCUCCCAAAACCUGGACUAUGAGAUGGAACCUUUGUUUCGCUUUAAGGUCCAAGCCACUGUUAAAGACAAGAGUACGCUAGCUAUGGCUAACAACACUGCUACAGCCACUGUCAUCGUCUUAGUCCUGGAUGAAAAUGACAAUGCACCGGUGUUUACCAGCCAGAACUAUUUCUUUGUGGUCCAGGAGGGGCCUUCACCACAGGGCCUGGUUGGGACGGUGCAUGCGGUUGACAUGGAUUCCAAGAAGAAUGCCCAGUUGUCUUACAUCCUGCUGUCAGAUGGAAAGCACUUCCGCAUCAACGCAAAAACAGGGGAGAUAAUCAACUGGGUGUCUCUGGACCGGGAGCAGCAUCCCGGGCACACCCUGAAGGUGAUGGUGACGGACCAGGGCCAGCCCCGCCUCAACACCACAGCCACCGUCCACAUCCAGGUCACCGACAUCAACGACAACCCACCCCAGUUUACUCAUCUGCCCGCCGCCGGCAAGCAGCUCAACGUCCAGGUUUGGGCAGGUCUUCCAACAGGCUCAUUGGUGACCACCAUGUUUGCCAAAGACCUUGAUGCUGGAGAAAAUGCAACAGUAAAGUUUUCUCUGAUGACAGAUAAAGAAGAGGGCCACUUUGAGAUUGACGGUCAGAGUGGAGACAUCCGGACAACUGAGCUGUUCACCCAAAACGCCCACACCCACUACACCUUGACGGUGGUGGCCACCGACAACGGACCAGCUCCUCUGACGGAAACGGCCGUCAUUCACCUCCAGGUUCACGCGGCAGAGAAACAACAGAGCAAUGUCGACCUGCAAGGUGUGCGCCACUUCACAGUGAUGGAGAACGCCAAACCGGGUACCAUCAUCGGUUCUAUCUGCAUCUACUCCCCAACAACUAACAGUGGGCUGCGUUACUCCAUUGUGGAGGGGGAUGGGAGCCUUCACUUUGGGCUGGACGGCUCCACUGGCAACCUGUACAUUAACCAGCCUCUGGACUAUGAGUCAGCAUCACACUACUUCCUGGUUGUGCGCGGCGAAGACCCCACGCGACCCAGCACAAACGUGACGACCUUCGUGAGCGUGGCGGUGGAGGACGUGAACGACCACGCGCCCUGGUUUCCAUUCGAGGUAGUCAAGCUGGGGUUGCGAGAAGACACAGCGGUCGGGACACGAGCAUUCGCAUUUAACGCGAAGGACGCCGACGGGAGUCUGGCCAACAGCGCCCUGCGCUACUCGCUGUCCUUUGACCCCGCUUUAGGCACGUCAGAAGGGUCGACGUUCCCCUUCCACGUUCACCCGCUUACCGGCGUCCUCACCAUCGCCGCACCCUUGGACCGCGAGAGGACGGCAAACUUCGCCUUCAUGGUCACAGCCACUGACCAGACACCAAUCGCGGCCGACCAGAAGCAUUCGACUGUGAUUGCUCAGGUGUUUCUGCUCGACGUCAAUGACAAUCCCCCGAAGUUUGUCUCCCAGGACACGGCCUGGGUCAUGGAGGAAGCGGAGGUGGGAAGCUUGGUGCAUCGUGUAGUCGCUGUGGAUGAAGAUCUGGGCGAAAGCGGGCAGGUGACCUAUUGCCUCGUUUCUGGGAACAAGGAAGGGUUCUUUACUUUGGAAGAGAAAACAGGGCUGAUAUAUCUCUCCUCCCCUCUGGAUUACGAGCUCCAGACCUCCCAUUCCCUGACCAUCCAGGCUUCAGACAAGGGGAUCCCUUCACUCUCCUCCACCCAGACCCUGAGGCUGGAGGUUGGGGAUGUGAACGACCAGCCACCCCUAUUCCUGCAUGACACCUACACAGCCAGCGUUGCCGAGAACAGAGAGCCAGGGGAAAGAGUGGUCAUCGUCUCAGCCACAGACAACGACUCUGCAGUGAAUGCCAUGGUGUGGUACAGUCUGUUGCCUGGACCGGGCUAUGACCUCUUCUACAUCGACCCCCAUUCUGGACAGAUCAGCACCAACACCCAUCUAGACAGAGAGAUGUACCAGCAAUUCACACUUCGAGUACAGGCCCGCGACAGUGGCAUCCAGCCUCUCUCCAGCACGGCGACGGUCCUGUGCUCGGUGCUAGACGACAAUGACAAUGUCCCUGAGUUCAUGCAGGCAUCCUUUCAGCUCAGCCUACCAGAGAACCUACCCCCUGGGGUCAUUCACACUGCCCAGGCCUCAGACCCAGACCACGGAGUCAAUGGCACCGUAACCUACUCCAUAAAGGGUGAGGACUACGAUGGCCGUUUCACCAUCCACCCCACCACGGGCGUGGUCAGCACCACUCAGGAAUUAGACCGUGAGGAACGGCCCAGCUACAACCUUUGCAUCCAGGCAAGUGAUGGCGGCCAACCUACCCCCCUCAGCUCGUCCACCACGCUGCUGGUGCUCCUGCUGGACCAGAACGACAACAGCCCCUCGUUCAGCCGCAAGAGCUACCGUGCCUCCCUGGUUGAAGGGCUCCCUGCAGGGUCUGAGGUGCUGCGCCUGGAGGCCUGUGACGUAGACGAGGGGCCCAAUGGUGAGGUGACCUUUUCCCUGGCCAAGGACCAUCUGGGGGUUUUCUUGGUAGAGCCCACCACAGGCGUGGUGCGUAACACCCGGCCGUUGGACAGGGAGACCAGGGCUCAGUACACCUUCAAGGCCGUGGCUACCGACGGUUGCACCAGGGGUCCACGCAGCUCCGUCACCACAGUGACCGUGCAGGUGGAUGACGUCAACGACAACUCGCCCGUCUGCACGGAGAACCCACUUGUCGGCUGGGUCGCCGCGGGCACAACCCCAAAAACAACUGUUGCCACCGUUGGAGCGUCAGACGGUGAUCGCGGCGAAAAUGGGACCGUCUGGUUUAGCUUAGCGGGAAACGAGACACUUUUCACCAUCAGUGUAAAAUCGGGAGAAAUACAGUUGAACGGGUCCAUAAGUCCAGGUUUUUCAGGUGCUAAGCUCCAGGUGUUGGCUACAGACCUUGGUACACCAGCUCUUACCUCUACCUGCCUAGUCUUCAUUCAACUGAAGGGAGAGGACGAGCCACUGCAGUUCACAGAGACAGUAUAUGAAGCAGCUGUGGCAGAGAACAGCCAAACUGGCUCAUGGGUGGGAAACGUGGUUGCUCACGACCGGACUGACGGCAAACGGCAAAUCGAAUACAGCAUCUUCAACAGUGACGAGAACAGUGUAUUCGCGAUCAACCAACACACAGGUGACAUCACAGUGAGGGACCAGGCCAGUCUGGACUAUGAGGCCAACCAGAAGGUGAAACUCCUGGUGCUAGCCAAUGGUGGCCCCUGGCACAUGACCUACUGCCAGGUCACAGUCACACUACAGGAUGUCAACGACAAUGCGCCAACCUUUGAUCAGAGCUACUACCGCACGGCCGUGUGGGAGGGUCAGGUGCACAACACCUAUGUCAUGCAAGUGUUUGCCUCUGAUGCGGACAGUGGUACGAAUGGUCUGAUUGAAUACUCCAUACUGUCCGGUAACCAGAAUGAGGCAUUCAUUAUCGAUUCAGUGCGUGGGAUCCUUGCCACCAACACUGUUCUGGACAGAGAAAUCACAUCUUUUUACAAACUGGUACUGCAGGCAUCAGACAGGGGGAGCCCUCCUCUCAGCAGCACUGCCACAGUCCGGGUCCAGGUAGUGGAUGUCAACGACAACAGCCCAGCCAUCCCCCCCAUGGAGCCUGUGGUCGUAGCAGAGAACCUCCCAGCUGGCUACACGGUGACCCAGGUCCGCGCGAACGACGUGGACCUUACAUCCACAGUCACAUACAGCUUUUCGGACAACACCAGCUCCGACGGGAGCUUCGCCAUCGACCGCUACACAGGCGUGGUGACCCUGAAACGAACGCUAGACCACGAAGAGCAGGUGGAACACAGGCUGACAGUGUGGGCCUCUGACUCCCUUCACGUUGCCACUGCCGAUGUCGUGGUGCAGGUGCUGGAUGUCAACGACAAUGCGCCCGUCUUCUCCCAGGACUCCUACCAGGUGGAGCUUCCAGAGCUUUCCCCUGCCAACAUGUUGAUCCUGACUGUAUCUGCCACAGACAGGGACGCUGGACACAAUGGCAAACUCAGCUACAGACUCCUAUCAUCUCCUCUACAUGGCUUCUACAUCCACCCGGACAAUGGUUCAGUGUUCACAAACAAGCCCCUGAAGUACGUCACCAACAGUAACGUGAUCCAGCUCGUGGUGGAGGCCAGAGACGGGGGUGACCCCCUUCUCUCCACGGUCACUUCAGUGGAUAUCCUAGUCCUGGAUGCCAACGACCACAUCCCCCUUUUCCAGCACAACACCUACACGGUCAACCCUUCCGAAGAUACACCAGUGGGCACCACAUUGCUGACCCUCUGGGCCGAGGACCUAGACUCGGCACCCGAAAACACACGUCUGGAUUUUGAAAUUGUGAGUGGCAAUGAGAACAGAAGGUUUUGUAUAGAAGUAGGAGCGGUCCAAACAGAGAGCCAGUUGAGAACCAAGGGGAGUCUAGUUUUGUGCCAGCCAUUGGACCGUGAGACCACAGAGAGCUACACAUUGACCAUGACUGUUUCUGACUGCGGCUUGCCCCCAUUUAACAGCUCGGCGGUUGUGGUGGUCACAGUAGAGGAUGUCAACGAUAAUGCACCAGAUUUUGUAAAUGCAGAGUACCACGCUCAGGUCAGUGAGAACAGCCCAAUUGGCACACAACUACUGCAGGUACUUGCCCAGGACCCUGACCAUGGAACCAGUGGUCUGGUCUGGUAUGACAUUAUCUCAGGGAACAGCAAGGGUCACCUCAGGCUUGACACUCACACCGGUAUCCUGGAAGUCAAUCAAAGUCUUGAUUACGAAGAAGACUCCCAAUACACACUUACCAUACAGGCUUCCGAUGGGGGCAAACAAGGAAAUCGCAAGGUGACCUUCACUGUAGUCUUUGUCACUAUUUUGGACGAGAACGACAACUCGCCCUACUUCAUUUUCCCAGUGGUCAACUGCUCUGUACAGGAGAACCUGCCAGCCUUUACCUUGACUUGUUCAGUAUACGCUGUAGACCAAGACUCUGGAUACUAUGGCCAGCUUACCUACUCCAUACUGUCAUCCUGCUUCAUGGAUUAUGGCAGCGGUAGUCCUGACAGGAAAGAGGCCUUUGCAAUCGACCCUCUCACAGGGGAUAUCCACACUCGGCAAACCUUUGAUUUUGAGCGGGAGAGUGAAUACUGUUUUGUGGUGGAAGCCAGAGAUAAAGGUGAGCAGGCUGCCACUGUGAGGGUCCAGGUGGCCAUCGAAGGGAUGGAUGAGUUCAGUCCUGUGUUCACCCAGAGACAGUACCGUUUUGUCCUCCCCACAAAUGUCAAGGUUGGACAGAUGGUCGGCCACGUUAUGGCUAUGGACCAUGAUGGAGGCCUGGAUGGUGUGGUGGAGUAUUCCCUAGUCAACCCUUCACCGUUUUUCUCCAUCAACAAAACAACGGGUGCUGUGUUUGUCUCAGGCCCAGUGUACCGCAAGAGAAGUAGUUCUUCAAACCAAGAUGUGGUUGAGCUCUUGGUGUCUGCCGGCAGUCCCAGAAUGGACUCCAGAUCUACCACAAGCCUGGUGACGGUCAACAUCUCUAAUUCAGCUGAAGCUCUGGUCGGUGUGUCCCUCAGCGUCCACACGGUCACCUUGGGCAUUUCUCUAGCCAUCUUCCUCCUCCUCCUCAUCAGCUUUGUAGGCCUCGUCCUUAGGUACAAGACCAAGGAGGCAGCAAUCAAGAAGGCAGCUGCCAUUGCAGCCAACCUCAACCACGGCACAGGCACGUUUGGCAGGACCAACCGAGGCCAACAGCGCACCAGCAUAAACAUCGGCUUGCGGGAGCUGAGGGCUCCCAUCCCUAUGCGAGUGAAGAGGGAGAUAUCCCUCCCAAUUAGGAACUUGGACAUUAGAGGCCGAGGCUCGGCGGAAGGUGAAACAGCUGAGGACCAGGAGAUCAAGAUGAUCAACGAAUACCCACGCCGCAAGAGGGCCAACUCGGAUCAGAGCGAAAGGGUGUCUGACUCCGGUGUGCCUCGUGACUCAGACCAGCUUUCCUGCCAUUCAGAGGAUGGGGACCCAGGAACAGUCAUAACCACUGUUUCCAGCACAGAUCUUGCCACCGGUAUGCAAAGCUCUGAGAGCCUCUACACCUUUAAAGAGGAGGGAGGGGGCGAGGGGAUGCUUCCUCAGGUCAGGAUGAGGGACAUGGAGGAGAGAAUAAGGGGCUAUGUCCCCCUUUCGGACCGCCAUACUUCUGUGGACGGCUCCCUCAGUUCUCUGGUGUGCCUGGAGGAGCAGCUGCGGGGUAGUUACGGCUGGGACUACCUGCUGGACUGGGAGCCACGCUACCACACAUUGGCCUCUGUCUUCACCGAUAUCAGCCUGUUGCCCGACGAGGAGCUCCAGGGGGGCCAUGAGGACCUGGCAUCCGAAGCCCGCUGCCUCAUGCACCCACCGCCCCUGAUCACGGGUGUAGCGCAGCCUGGUAUCAGGGCCGUGCCCCCCCGGAUGCCACCUCGCAGCAUGCACACCCUCACUCGGAGGCCUUCCUACCCCAAAUAUGCCUACGAACCCCUUGCCCGGAACACAGGACUCACUCCAUCCGCCAUGACCCCAAGCUUCUCUCCCUCAUUGUCAGUGCUCACCUUACGGACUCCCAAUGCCUCCCCGGUGGUUUCAGAGACUGGGCUGGGGGUCUUUAGGUUGGAUGCCAGCAGCCUUUUGGAGGGAGAAAUACCGGUUUAAAUCUGCCUGGGGAAAAUACAUUUAUUGACUUUGAAAAAUACAUUAUAUUGAAUGAUAAGGUGCCAAAUACUUGCAUUAAAUGUCUCCUCUUCAGAUUUGAUCAGGUUAUCCCACAAUACAUUCAAUCAGCCAUUACCGAUGUUAACUGUAGUUAACCUUAGAUUACAUUAAGUUAUCUCCAUGUAUGGGAUUUUCCACCAUUUCACAAAAGGAGAGUAUAACAGUCAAUGAUAAAUCUUUAUUUAUUGUUACAAGAGUUCCUGAAUUGCAUUCUGGGAAGGUUUAUAAAUAAAAAAGAAUGUACAAUUAUAUAAUGCAACACAGAAGACCUAAAUGUAUUUUUUUGUAGUACUUGUGUGCCUGUAUGAUUAGCAUGGCAUUGUUAGCCUAUGAAAGUGUGACUUUAAAUGUUUUA